GUCAAGGGGUUACUUGCAUCUUGUCCAAGUUUUUUAUACUGAAGGAACAGAAACAGAAACAGAAACCUCCUCUUCUUCUGUGUUGUGCAUUCACGAAAUCAGCCCGAACAGCUCGAAAUGGAAUCUCAUGCACCAGUCGUGUUUCGAUUCCGUCUUGGAUCUGUUCCCACAAAAUUUCAAACAACUCAUAUCCUCACAAUGCAAGUAUGAAGAGCUGCUCUUGGAUGGCUACGAAAGGUUUAGGUUCAUUCUCUUGCUUGUCCGCGGAGACAAGGAAAAUGAGACAGUUCUGGUGUUGCAGAUAUUGAACAAAGAUGGGGAGGUCUCCCAAGUUAUACACUACAAUAUCGUGGACCAAUCAUUCCAAGUGCUCGAUCUCCCUCGACAAGCGUCAUCUGCGGCUUGGAGAAGAGCAUUUCCCUAUAUGGAGUCUCUCGCUUCUCCAGCUGGUGACCGGGUGGCAAGUCCUGAAUCUACGUAUCGAAUGUGUGUGACAAAUUAUCUUUGCGAAGUUGAAAAAAUCAUUGAGGCAAUGAACAAUACAGUUUCUAGAAUGUGUGUGAGAAAUUAUCUUUGCGAAGUUGCAGAAACCAUUGGGGCAAUGAUCGUCUAUACAGUUUUUAUAAUGUGUUUUGGCAGCAAUGGAAUCAUCAACACUCUGAACAAUGGGCAAAGCUAACAUAUACUCCGUACAUACACUAUAUGAAAUCUUGCCCACAGAGGUGCACACCGUCCAAUAAUGAAUCUUCACGAGUGAAGUUUAAGUGUUUUAGCAUGUCGUUAUGUUAAUGAAGUGAUAAUAGGUGCUCCAAGGGAGGUGUCGAAAGAUAUGGUAAUCUUUAAACAAAAACAUGUUGAUCUG